AAGUCUUCUUUCCCCACCAAAAAGUGGGAGCCAAACGCUGUGGCGGUUAAGAAACGGACACUCUUGUUUUGUGUUGUGGUUUUUGGUCGGCGAAAUAUUAAUGUUAAUUGCAUUUCGUAAUUUUUCGUUAAUUGAUAACCCACUAUAAUUAGUGCGGCUAUUAUACAUUUGUGGAUACUGAUAACAACCACGCCAUAAAUCACCAUCUUCAACGUAAAAGUAGGAUGGCUGCUUCUACGGAAAGUACGGAAAUACCGGGUGUGACUGUGCCGUUAGAGAAGGUUCAAGAAUUUUUAUCCUGGCGAAGAAAAAUUGAGCCGCUGAUUCUACUUUUGGAUAAGACUCCCUCAUCGGAAUUAGAAACUAUGAUUUGUUGCACGGAAAAUAAAUUAGAGAGCGAUAGUAAGUUUUUAAUGGAUGUUAAACUUGCGGAGAAAUGUCAGAACUUAUAUGACGAGCUUUUAGUUAAAGUUAAUGAAAAAGAGAAGGAAAGUGACGAAUUGUGGGAGGAUUUACAAGUUAUGUUUAAGCGUCUUAAGGAUAAGAAAGAAUUUCAGUUGGGAUUUACUUCUGCUGACUCUGGUGUCAUAAAAUCGAUGCAGAAUUUCAAGGCUCAAUUACUUUUAAGGGAAGAUGACAUGGCGAAAAGGAUCAAAGUUUUUAUUGGAGAACUACGCAAAGAUAUUUCCGACAUAUGGGAACAGUGCAUGAUAACGGACGAGGAGAAGGCUGCAUUUAAGGAAUAUCAUUCGGAUCUUUACACCGAGGAAAUGUUGGACAUUCACAAACAAGAAUUGGCAAAAUGGCAAGUUUAUCAUAAAAAGAAUCAAGAAAUUUUAACUAUGGUAACGAAGCGUGAAGAGAUGUGGGUCAAGUUACGAGAAUUGGAGGCCAAAGCUGAUGAUCCGAACCGUUUCGUGAAUCGAGGCGGAGCUCUUUUGAAGGAUCAAAAUAUGCACAACUCUAUAACAAAGAAUCUUCCAAAAUUAGAGGCUGAAUUGAUCAAACUAGCCAAGAAAUUUGAGCUUGAGCACGACCGAAAAAUGAAAAUUCAUGGAAAGGAAAUCCCAUCUAUGAUUGAUGAAGAGUGGAAAUUAUUUAAGGAUGAAAAAGCAGCGAAAAAAUUGAACCGUCAAUUUCUGACCCCUUCUGCUGCAGCACCAACUCGAAUUGAUUCAGCCUCGUCGUCUGUACCUUUACGUGUAACUCGCCUUUCCGUCAUGCCGCAUCUGCCCCCUCAACCAGGAACCAGUAAGGUGGGUGACAAACGUCCCGGAUCACAAAUGCCUGGCCAGUCAACCCCACUGUCGAAAAGAAAAUUUGUAGCAGCGUCGACGGAAUCGCUGAAUAAUUAAGAAUCUACAUUCCAAGUUCUCAUCAUUUCGUAAAGUUUGACAACUUUUAUAACUUUUCUACUGUACUAUUUUUACUGUACAUCAUGCCGAUUUAGAAUUUGAAUAUUUAUUUUUAUUAUAUUUUAUGGCUUUGUAAAAUUAGUGAAAAAUGUUUUUUUCCUCUCUCAGGGACAGAUUAAUCAUUACAUAUCAAUUAAUCAUUUCAUGAAAAUAUUAUUUUGAACACUAGUACAACUCGUACAUUCAUGCCAAAGGAAUAACUUGAAUAUGUAUAACAUGACUUUGAAAAUUAAUUGAAUAAAGUCAUCAUAUUCCA